AUGGCAUCGAUACCGUCCGCCGCGCCUAGCUGGCGCAAAAUGCAGAUUCCCCGGCCGUUGCAGCGACUGUUCGACUACUUCCCGCUGCGGAUCUACGAACCAAACGAGUUGCCCGAGAGGUCGCAGCAACUCACAUCAGGCGACCUCCCGACAUUAUAUGUUUUCUCCACCGACUCAGACGCCCGGCUAGGCCUUCCGAGCUUCAAUCCAGGCUGUCUCAAGUGGCAGACCCUCCUCCGUCUCGCUAACCUCGACUUCCGCAUCCUCCCCUCGACAAACCACUCUUCGCCCACCGGCUCCCUCCCCUUCCUCCUCCCCCCGCGCACCUCGCCCACCGCCUCCCCGGCCCCGAUCCCCGCCUCAGGCCUCCUCUCCUUCGCCCGCAAGAAUCCCUGGCGACCUGGCAAGGCCGCCGACCUCGACCUCGGACACCUCGACGCGGACCUGCCGCCCCGCGCGCAAGCCUACCUUGCCCUCAUCACGCACUCCCUCCGCAACGCCUGGCUGUGCGCCCUGUACCUCGACCCGACGCACGAUGCCCUCCUGCGCCGCCUCUAUGUCGACCCGGCCUCCUCGUCGCGCGCCGUCCGCGCCGCGCUGCUCCACCAGCUGCGCCGCGCCGCCGCCGAGCAGGUCGCCACCGCCAGCUCCGGCGGCGGAAAGAUCGUGUCGCUCGCGCCGGUGGACAGCGCCGACGGCAUCGACGAGGAGGCGGUGUACCGGUCCGCAAGGGACGCACUCGACGCGCUGGCCAGCCUGUUGAGGGAGAGCGAGACGGCGUGGUUCUUUGGGACCGAGAGGCCGGGCUCCUUCGACGCCGCCUUGUUCAGUUAUACGCAUCUGAUGGUGGAGUACAUGUCUGAAGAAGAGGACACGGAGUCCGCGAAAGGGCGGGUGUCCCUGGGGCGAAUGGUGAAGGAGGCCGGGAACGGGGAGCUGGCGGAGCACAGGGAACGGAUGCUGGGAGUCGCGUGGCCCGAGUGGGACGGGUACCGGAGGUAGCAAACCCAACAACUACGGUCGGAGAUGACCCCGCAACCGCUAUGGCUUUUACCGGAGACAGGUAAUGCGGCGUAGUCGUGGUUGUAAAUGUUGUCCCGUAUGUAUGAUGCUAUAAACAAGGACAAAAAAAGAGAGAUACCCC